AUGAUGAUGAUGAUGUUUUACCGUCGCCAACCCAGCCGCCGCGCGUUCGUGGAGUCUAUCAUCGCUACUACUACUAUUACUACUUCUAUAACUACCAGAGCGAGAGAUGGUGUUGCGGGAUUAGUAUUGAACAACAACAACAACAACAACAACAACGACAACGACAACACGAAAAGCAGCACGAGCGGUAUACUCCUCAUCAACAGACGAGGCAUAGCUGGACACAGCAACAACAACCGACAACAACAACAACAAAAUCAACAACAAAAUAAUUCUCAGAAUCAGAUGGAAACGUACGUCGGAGGGAACCGAGCGAGAGUGAUUCCAUCGCACCAACUGACUUUGGCGCAAACCACGAACCCUCUGUUAUACCGAAAGCUCAUUCGAAAGCUCAUGCCGGGGGUGCCGUUAUCGAAACCAGGUGAAAGACAAACGGUGGCUUUGGAGGAUUUCAUGAAAGAGUUUCAAGUGUUGCACGUGAAUAGAGGCGCGGCGGGAGGGAUGUCUUCAUCGUCGCCAUCUUCCUCCGCGACGGCGAGAGGUGGAAGAGGAGGAGACGAACGAGAUUUAUUGGUGAUGAGUAAAGGCGCGAAAUUGGUAGGUGCGAGGAAAAGAACGGCGAGGUUUUUUUCACCAACGUUUGAUGGUUCGUCGAAUAGUACGAGCGUAGAAGGAGGUAAUAGCGAUGGUCGAGGAGGAGGAGGCGGUGGUGGCGGUGGAGGAGAAGGAGGCGAUCGGCAGCAUCAUAGCAAAUCUAUGUGGCAAAAAUACCGCUUCUACGCCUUUAUGCUCGGGUGCGCGUUGAGCUUUUAUGCCUACCGAGAGAGCGUCAAAGAGACAGAAAAUCUAGAGAAGCAAAACUACACGACGGAAAAAGAGUACGAGAUUGAAAAUUGGUCCGGGACCAAAAAAGUAGUCGUAGACACGUUCACGCAACCGGAAACGACGGAAGCGUUAGAGGCGAUUGUACGACAUGCAAGUUUACGAGGGAAGAAAAUACGACCGGUUGGCGCGGCGUUAUCGCCAAACGGAGUGGCGUUUGAAAAAGAAGGCAUGGUAUCUUUAGCGUUGUUAGAUAAGGUAUUACACGUGGACGAAGAGAAGAAGCAAGUGACGGUACAACCCGGAGCGAGAGUAUCUGAUGUCACUGAAGCUUUGCGAAAAUACAAUUUGACGUUGCAAAACUACGCGAGCAUUCGCGAACAGCAAAUUGGCGGGUUCACGCAAGUCGGUGCGCACGGCACAGGGGCGAAAAUUCCUCCCGUAGAUGCAACCGUAGUUCGAAUGAAAUUGAUAACACCGUCGAGAGGAGUGAUCGAGCUUGGUGUGAAGGAAGGCGAAGAGGACAAAAAAGUCAUCGAUCCAACGUUUGAAGCCGCGAAAGUAGGUUUAGGUUCCUUAGGGGUCGCCUCGGAGAUCACGUUACAGUGCGUCGACGCGUACCAAUUAAAGGAAGAUACGUUUACGACCACGCCCGAGCGAAUAGAAAAGAAUCACGAGACGUGGAUACGAUCGUAUAAACACGUGCGGUACAUGUGGAUUCCGCAUACAGAUUGUGUUGUGGUGGUCGGAUCGAAUCCGAUUGACUCGAAGAAAAAGAAAAGUUUGCCAGGCUUUGGCACAGUACUUUCCUAUUUGACGACGCCAAACGAACGCAAACAGAACAAAUAUCGCACCAAACCAAUGAUUGAUUUGUUGAAAAAGUUAGACAAGGAGUCCGCGAAGAAAGCCGAACAAGAGAACGUCGGGUUCGGCGAACUUCGAGAUUUGCUUUUGCGCAUCGAUCCGCUCAACGUGGACCACGUUAAAAAAGUAAAUGCGGCAGAAGCGGAAUUCUGGAAGCGUUCCCACGGCACUCGCGUGGAUUGGAGCGAUCAGAUUCUCGGGUUUGAUUGUGGAGGACAGCAACACGUGUUAGAGGUUGCGUUUCCGUGUGGCACUUUAGAGGAAAAAGGUGAAAAUUUGGUGUCGUCCGCGAACGCUGGUGUUUCUCAUCCUUCUUCACUUCGAAAAGAUUUACUUUUCAUGCGCGAUUUACGCAAAAUGAUCGCGGAGAACAACAUUCCGGCGCACGCGCCGAUCGAGCAACGUUGGACGAGUGGUAGUUCGAGUAUAAUGUCACCUUCCCACGGCGAAAAGGACUCUUUACACUCCUGGGUUGGGAUUAUCAUGUACCUUCCGACGCAAGUCGAAGCCGAACGAGAGGAAAUAACCGCGCGGUUCACUGAAUACGGCGAACAAAUGCGCGACGCUCUUGGCGACGAGUACUUACUCAAAACGCACUGGGCGAAAAUUGAGCUGGAGAAGAAUAUGGUGCGUAGAAGUAAACAGGUCGAGCGCUUGAAAACCGCGUACGGUAAAGAAAACUUUCGAGCGUUUAGAGACCUUCGCAGAAAAUUCGAUCCGAAAGGCGUGUUAAUGAACGAGCUCAUAGAAGGGUUGUUUGAAUCCAAAUGA